AUGCACACAAAGACAGGCCAUCUCUGUCACAAUUCCACGCACACAAAGACAGGCCAUCUCUGUCACAAUUCCCAGGCCAUCUCUGUCACAAUUUCACGCACACAAAGACACCAUCUCUGUCACAAAAGACAGGCCAUCUCUGUCACAAUUCCACGCACACAAAGACAGGCCAUCUCUGUCACAAUUCCACGCAAAGAGGGCCAUCUCUGUCACACAAACAGACAGGCCAUCUCUGUCACAAUUCCACGCACACAAAGACAGGCCAUCUCUGUCACAAUUCCACACACAAGACAGGCCAUCUCUGUCCAAUUCCACACACAAAGACAGGCCAUCUCUGUCAGAAUUCCACGCACACAAAGACAGGCCAUCUCUGUCAAAAUUCCACAAACACAAAGACAGGCCAUCUCUGUCACAUUCCACAAUUCACACAAAAGACAGGCCAUCUCUGUCACAAUUCCACGCACACAAAGACAGGCCAUCUCUGUCACAAUUCCACGCACACAAAGACAGGCCAUCUCUGUCAGAAUUCCACGCACACAAAGACAGGCCAUCUCUGUCACAAUUCCACGCACACAAAGACAGGCCAUCUCUGUCAGUAUUCCACGCACACAAAGACAGGCCAUCUCUGUCACAAACGCACACAAAGACAGGCCAUCUCUGUCACAAUUCCCACGCACACAAAGACAGGCCAUCUCUGUCACAAUUCCACAAAGACAGGCCACCUCUGUCCACACAAAAAAGACAGGCCAUCUCUGUCACAAUUCCACGCACACAAAGACAGGCCAUCUCUGUCAGUAUUCCACGCACACAAAGACAGGCCAUCUCUGUCACAAUUCCACGCACACAAAGACAGGCCAUCUCUGUCACAAUUCCACGCACACAAAAAUCAGGCCACCUCUGUCAGGCCACCCUCUGUCAAUUCCACGCACACAAAGACAGGCCAUCUCUGUCACAAUUCCACGCACACAAAGACAGGCCAUCUCUGUCAGUAUUCCACGCACAUUCCCAUCUCACAAUUCACGCACAAAAGACAGGCCAUCUCUGUCACAAUUCCACGCACACAAAGACAGGCCAUCUCUGUCACAAUUCCACGCACACAAAGACAGGCCAUCUCUGUCACAAUUCCACGCACACAAAGACAGGCCAUCUCUGUCAGAAUUCCACGCACACAAAGACAGGCCAUCUCUGUCAGUAUUCCACGCACACAAAGACAGGCCAUCUCUGUCACAAUUCCACGCACACAAAGACAGGCCAUCUCUGUCACAAUUCCACGCACACAAAGACAGGCCAUCUCUGUCAGAAUUCCACGCACACAAAGACAGGCCAUCUCUGUCACAAUUCCACGCACACAAAAACAGGCCAUCUCUCUGUCCCAUUCCACGCACACAAAGACAGGCCAUCUCUGUCACAAUUCCACGCAACAAAGACAGGCCAUCUCUGUCAUAA